CCUGCUUAUCUGGAGAGGAAAUCACAAAGCAGGAGGAAGGUGGAGGAGUUUGCCUUCUCAACAGUGUACAUGUAUCAGCCAGGUAUAUUGGAGAGAAGAAGACAUUCAGUGAAACCAUGGGUGAUUGCCUUAAUUACUACAGCCAUUGUGUUGGCUCUGGCAAUAAUUAUUGGCCUCCUUGUUUAUUUUUUAGAAUAUGAUCAGACAACUCACUAUUACCAGGCUUCCCUCCAGAUCCCCAGCAUUGAUUAUAAUCCUGACUUUUCUGUGGAACACUCAAAGUCUAGAACUGACCUGAAACAAAAGAUCAAUAAUGAGAUAAAUAAGAUAUUUCAAAGAUCCAGUUUAAAACAUCAUUAUAUCAAAUCUCACGUUGUCAACUUUAGAUCAAAUAAUCAUGGUUUGAAAGCAGACAUACUGCUUAAAUUUAAGUCUACCUCUAAGAAUGCAAACAACAUAAAGAGACAAGCUGAUGAGAUUGUGCACAAGAAUUUGAAAUCCACCGAGAGCUUUUUGAAGAUAGAUACUUCAUUACCUUAUCUCAGAGAAGUAAAUGGAGCACAAGCAGAGCAUUUUCUGAACAGCUGUUGUGGUUUAGGGAUGGAGUACCCACCCACGGAAAGAAUUGCCCGUGGCCAGGUCGCGGAGCCAGCCGCGUGGCCGUGGCAGGCCAGCCUGCAGGUGGACGGCGGCCACUUCUGCGGGGCCUCCCUCAUCAGCGAGGCCUGGCUCCUCACUGCCGCGCACUGCUUCGACUCUCACAAAAACCCUAAACUAUGGAUGGCCAGCUUUGGAACAACCCUCCGCUCUCCGCUGAUAAGAAGAAAGGUGCAGUCAAUUAUCAUCCAUGAAAAUUACGCUGCCCACAAGCACGAGGACGACAUCGCUGUGGUGAAGCUCUCUGCUCCGGUGCUGUUCUCCGAAAACGUGCACAGAGUCUGCCUCCCGGACGCGGCUUUUGAGGUCCCGCCUAAGAGUAAAGUGUUCGUCACUGGAUGGGGGGCUCUAAGAGCAAGCGGUCCAUUUCCAAAUACUCUCCGACAAGUUGAAGUGGAGGUCAUACCUAAUGAUGUGUGUAAUCAGGUGCAUGUAUAUGGUGGUGCUGUGUCAUCAGGAAUGAUAUGCGCUGGGUUCCUGUCAGGAAAACGAGAUGCCUGUGAGGGUGAUUCUGGAGGACCUCUGGUCAUUGCACAAGAUCGAAACAUCUGGUAUAUUAUUGGAAUAGUGAGCUGGGGAAUAGGCUGUGGAAAAGAAAAUAAGCCUGGACUUUAUACCAAAGUGACUCAUUAUAGGGACUGGAUUAAAUCUAAAACUGACAUUUAAUGCAACACCUACCUCCACAUCCAAACUGUAAAUACCAGGUGUGACCUCUCCCGCAUUAAGUUUGCUAUGUGUUGCUGUGUAUAUUGUCCCACGGUUCAGCCUUCCGCUUUCUGUGGGGAAGGCAGACUUUCCUUCAGCUCACUGCACUGUUUUGCUGACAGUGAGCACAGAAGACAGCAGCUCCGCAAUUCUCUGCCACUCCUGCAGUGCCUCUGAUCGCCUCUUUGCUCCUUGCCCUGGCUCCGCUAGAUACCAUUCAUUUAGUGUAAUCUGCUACCUACUCAGAAGAGCUUCUACUGCUAGGCAGUCUCGACUUUCCUUGACUGAGCAUGUGUUGCUUCCAUGAUAGCUCCACAGUUUUUGUUUUCCUCAUCAAAUAAUCCUCUUCAUGAUUUGUUGCUCCACUGACUACACAAGUGCAAAUGAUUGCCUUUGGCCAGUACUAACAAGAAGGAUGGGCGGUGCUAUACAGAAAGGAGCUUGAGAAGCACCGUGACUGGAAGUCUAUGCCUC